CUGUCCCAAGGGUCACUGCUCACCGAAGCCCUGCUUCACCAAGGACCUAGUACACAGGCUCCCAACUCCCGGCUGUCCUCUUCUUUGACCUCUGCUUAUAGUUUUCUCCAAUCCUCCCUCCCCCACAACAAGUGUCCUGGAGCUAGGGUUCCUUCCCCCACCCCUAACCUAGGACUCCAGAGAUGUGAGAUGUUCUCAGAGCUCUGGGUGGGGACUUCAGGCUCCCCAUUUCCUCCUUCCAGCCCCAGAUCCUCUCAGAUUCCCAGAGAUGGGCUCCAGCCAGGGAGGGUGGGACUGCUCUUGGGACUAUUAGGAGUCACAGGAUGCCAAGGCAGUGACAGAGCUGUGGCAGGAAGCAGAUCUUCACCCAUCUCUGUACCUCCAGCUGACUCUAGUGUGCCAUGUCCCAGCACCUGUUUCUCCCACUUGUGAUCUUCGCCAUCAAUCCCAUCCCAAGAGCCUUCCAGGACUCAGCUCUCAGUCCUACAGAAGAACCUGAAGAUCUGGACUGUGGGCACCCUGAGCCCUCUGCCCGCAUCAUGGGGGGCUCAGACGCUCAGCCAGGAACCUGGCCUUGGCAAGUAAGCCUGCAUCAAGGCAGGGGCCACAUCUGCGGAGGCUCCCUCAUCGCCCCCUCUUGGGUUCUCUCUGCUGCUCACUGUUUCGUGACGAACGGGACCUUGGAGCCCGCGUCCGAGUGGUCGGUGCUGCUGGGCGUGCACUCCCAGGACGGGCCCCUGGAAGGUACACAUGUCCGCUCCGUGGCCGCUAUCCUGGUGCCUGACAACUACAGCAAAGUGGAACUUGGCUCCGAUUUGGCCCUGCUGCGCCUAGCUUCGCCCGCCAAGCUGGGCCCCACCGUGCGGCCCAUCUGCCUGCCGCGAGCCUCGCACCGCUUUGUUCACGGCACCGCCUGCUGGGCCACCGGCUGGGGGGACGUGCAGGAGGCAGACCCUCUGCCUCUCCCCUGGGUGCUACAGGAAGUGGAGCUAAGGCUUCUGGGAGAGGCCGCCUGUCAGUGUCUCUACAGCCAGCCUGGCCCCUUCAACCUCACUUUCCAGCUAUUGCCAGGGAUGCUGUGUGCUGGCUACCCAGAGGGACGGAGGGACACCUGCCAGGGUGACUCUGGGGGACCCUUGGUCUGUGAGGAAGGCGGCCGCUGGUUCCAGGCAGGAAUCACUAGCUUUGGCUUUGGCUGUGGAAGGAGGAACCGCCCUGGAGUCUUCACUGCUGUGGCUCCCUAUGAAACAUGGAUCCGGGAACAGGUGAUGGGUUUGGAGCCUGGGCCUGCCUUUCCCAACCAGCCCCAGGAAUCCCAGACAGGCCCCUGGGAAUCUAGGGAGGAGAACUGCACCAUUGCUCUGCCAGAGUGCGGCAAGGCUCGGCGACCAGGGGUCUGGCCCUGGGAGGCCCAAGUUAUAGUGCCAGGAUCCAGACCCUGCCAUGGAACGCUAGUGUCAGAAAGCUGGGUCUUGGCACCUGCCAGCUGCUUUCUGGACUCGAUCACCUCUGAUAACCCACCCCGCGACCUCGACUCCUGGCGGGUACUGCUGCCCUCACGUCCGCGCUCGGAGCGGGUGUCGCGCUUCGUACCGCACGAGAACGCUACGUGGGACAACGCCUCAGACCUGGCGCUGCUGCAGCUGGACGCGCCCGUGAACCUGAGCUCAGGCCCGCGCGCCGUGUGCUUACCCUACCCGGAACACUACUUCCUGCCUGGGAGCCGCUGCCGCCUGGCUCGCUGGGGCCGCGGGGAACCGGCGCUUGGCCCCAGCGCACAGUUUGAGGCCGAGUUGUUAGGUGGCUGGUGGUGUCACUGUCUGUAUGGCCACAAGGGGGCGUCCGUGCCGCUGCCGGGACAGUCACCUCACCAACUCUGCCCCUCCUACCAGGAGGAGGAGGAGCCGGGCCGCUGCUGGAAUGACUCUCAUUGGAGCCUUAUGUGUCGGGAGGAGGGGACCUGGUUCCUGGCUGGAAUUGGAGACUUCUCCAGUACCUGUCUCCGUCCCCGAGCCUUCUCCCCACUGCAGACCCAUAGCCCAUGGAUCAGCCAUGUAACUCGGGGAGCCUACCUGGAGGAACAGCUAGCCUGGGACUGGGGCCCUGAUGGGGAGGAGACUGAGACCCAGACCUGUCCCCCACACACAGAGCAUGGUGCCUGUGGCUUGCGACCUGAGGCAGCUCAGAAGGGAAUGCUAUGGCCCUGGCUGGCAGAGGUGCAUGUGGCUGGGGAUCGAGUCUGCACUGGGAUCCUUGUGGCCCCAGGCUGGGUCCUGGCAGCCACUCACUGUGUCCUUAGGCUAGGCUCUUCAAUAGUGCCCCACAUUGAAGUGUAUCUGGGCAGGGCAGGGGCCAGUCCCCUCCCACACGGCCGCCAGGUAUCCCGAAUGGUCAUCAGCAUUCACCUGCCCCGGCACUUGGGACUUGGGCCCCCUCUGUCCCUCCUGGAGCUGAGCUCCCGGGUAGAGCCUUCCCCUUCAGCCCUGCCCAUCUGCCUUCACCAAGGGGGUGUCCCCCCAGGGGCCAGCUGCUGGGUGCUGGGCUGGAAGGAUCCCCAGGACCGAGUCCCUAUAGCUACUGCUGUCUCCAUCUUGACACCACGGCUCUGUCACUGCCUCUAUCAGGGCAUUCUGCCCCCUGGGACUUUCUGUGUCCUAUAUGCAGAAGGGCAAGAAGACAGGUGUGAGGUGACCUCAGCACCUCCCCUCCUAUGCCAGACUGAGGGAGGCUCUUGGGUUCUCAUGGGCAUGGCUGUCCGAGGGAGUCAGGAGCUGUUUGCAGCCAUUGGCCCUGAAGAAACCUGGAUCUCCCAAACAGUGGCGGAGGCCCACUUCCUACCCUCUAGUGGCUCCCCAUAUUGGCCCGCUACAGGCAGUGACCUCUGUCCCCCAGAGUUGGCAGGGGCCUCAAGCUCCCCUAAGGCUGCUGCUUUGAUCCUGCUGUUACUGAUUCCCCUGAUCCAGGAUUGAGAGGACCUUGCUUCAUGAGCCACUUCCCCUUCUCUUCCCACCACUCAGCAUGCCUGGAAUGUAGUCUAACCUGCUAAAGCUCUCCCAGGCCUGGAGAGGGCCUAUCUAUCUAGACUGCAGCAGCUUUGGAUAAUUGGGCCUCAGUGCUAUUUUGGGCCCAGGAAUCCUUGGGGGUGGCAAAGGAGCAGACAAUAAAGGUGUAAACACAGACAUGUGGCCUGUGACAUCACUAGGGGCAGGCUGAGGGGCUGAGAGCAACUGGGCUAAGAGGGAAACACAGGAAUAGGGCUCCUCCCUCUAUGGGCAUCAGUUGAGUCAGGUCUCGGGCGCCCAGGAAAUGUGUCCCUGAUAACGUGGCAGCUGUUCCCUCAUUCCUUCCCCAGGGCGGGGGAGUUUAGGUGGCCAGCUGAUUGUGUGUCACCUCCCCAGUGGAAUUAGUGUCCCUAGCACCUGCAGCAUAUUUUGGCCCUAGACAGUGCCCUGAGGCCCCUCCUGCUUGAGUUGGACAGACUUAGGGUAGGAGAGCCAGCCCCUAAUACAUACACUGAUGAAUGAUGCCUCAAAGCGUUCAUCUCCAGUCCCCAGCAUACAGAUGACCCCAGCACACAGACCACUCCAGCACACAGACAACCCUUAUACAGGGUCCACCACUUGUAUAUCCAUGCUCAGUGCCCCUAGGAUUUGGGCCCCUUUUAUGUAAAUUCUACCACCUCAUCCCUGACUAAUGUACAUCCCUGAAUUAAUUCAACCAUAUUCCCUGCUAACUACCAA